UGAACGCUGACGCUGACUUUGAGUGCGCGCUAAAUUCAAAGUCCUGGCUCUGCGUAAAACUGAAGUAAAAAACAAGUACAGAUUUCCCCAGGAGUUAGAGAUAGUUCGGUAGGUGUAAUUUGUUUCCAAAUAUAUUUGAUGUCAUAAGAGAAGAGGUAAAAAGUUGUAACCCGUUAACUUUUUCACGCUCUGCUGUGCGUCAGCGACCCAAAUAGUUUGGGACUUUCCACAACCACUAUUUACGCACAGCUGUCUUGGGUUUACUUACCCUUAGCCAGUGGCUGAGAGCACAGCGAGGAUCCGCUGUUUCUCGCCUCGGAAGUGACUGUGUGUAUCCAGGUGGAUCAGUGACUGCUGGAAGGUAUGCUUGAUGAGAUGGAGUGACUUUUCCAAUGGGUGGAACAGAGCGUCUAUGGUUACUUGCUAGUUUAUGUCAGGUGGUCUUGCUGACUUGUGAACAGAGUGUAAUACCUGUUGAGGUUGAAGUUGUAUUUCAGUCCUUCCCUUCAACUAAAGAUCCAGACACCUACACCGUCACCUGCAGGACUGCAAGUAACCAUCAGGUAUAUGUGCAGCCCAUUGAUCAUUCAGCAUGCUCCCCUGACUGCAAAAUAUCACUGCGAUUGGUUGAGGACCCACGCGGAUAUAACAUCACAUUAAGGGCCAGGAGAAACGAUACUACUCUUGAGGCUAAGACUUUUCACUUUAUUCCAGUCUCCCUGACCUCCCUUCGUGUAAACAGCACGACGACUACUGCUCUCCUGACAUGGAAACUUCACACUCAACAAAGCCUAUCCACUUUGAGCCUAUACGACACUCGCGCACAAUCUAUCACACACAUUUUCAAAAUUAACUCAUCAGAGGCGAACUCUCAGUACACAGUGAAGGGUAUUAAGCCUGGCACACGCUUCAAGGCCAAAGUUGUCGUGACUACUUUCCUCACACACCUUAAUGUGACCUUGAAGCAGAGACUUGGCAUCGGCAUGGAAACAGCUCAGUGUCCCCCUGACUGGUUGGCCAGUGGGACAAGCUGCUACACUGUGAGAAGGACAGGUUUGACCUGGAGUGAUGCCCAGCACAGCUGCAGAGGCCUGGCAGCCGGAAGCCACCUGGCUGACCUGAAGACCCUGGAAGAUCUGCUCUUCAUAUCUUCUCACCUGCUGAGCCACAACAACCUGCUGCUGCUAUGGACUGGGCUCAAUGACCAGCAGGAGGAGGGACAACUUCUCUGGUCUGAUGGCUCAACCUAUAACGUAACGAACACUAUCAAGUCAUCGCUGCCAGACAAUCAGACAGACUGUUUUGCCCUUCAGAGGAAUGCCACAGGACAAGGACACUUUCUCACUCCAUUCUUUUGUAGCAUCCCUCUACCUUUCAUCUGCCAGUACCAGACCCCUCCAGUCCCUGCCUCAUUCUCCUUUGUCGUGGUUCAGGUGACAGAGCAACACGUAGAGCUUCGUUGGAGUGACCUCUCACCCUUGAACUCACUUAAUCAUUCUUCUUUUGAGGUAUUCCUCCAGUACCAAGAGGAGGCAAAUGGAGAGUCGGGUGAAGGUGAAUCAGAUGCAAGCAGGAAGUCAGAGGGCAAAAAGGGCACACAGAGCCAGAGCGGUGUUAAAAGAAAUGUCAGGGUCCCCAUGUCCCUCUCCUCCAGAGGGGUAACUGUGGCAGGUUUGUUUCCAGGGAGCGUCUACUCUUUCACCCUUCAAGCCUCUCACCAUGCCGGCUCCUCCUGGCUCUUGGGACAAACACGGACUGCAUACACUAGACCUCUUCCUCCUCAAAAUAUCACUGUUGGCCCCAUUACCGUCAGCCAGAUUAGUGUCCACUGGGUGCUGAGGGAUGCACAGCUAAACGCCGGAUGGACAUUUGUUGUGCGCUAUGCAGACAUGUCUUCAAGACAAGAGAGGAUAGUUGGAAUGACCAACAUCUCCAAGUUAUCUGAGACUGGUGGGUUGCAGUCAUACACAGCUGUGAUUGGAGGGCUGGAGUCUUACAGGAAAUACAAGGUUGAAGUUUACACAGUAACCCAGCAUGGGAUAGAGAGCUGUGGACAGACACCUUUGACUGUACAGACUGCAGUGAGGGCCCCCAGUGGUCUGGUGGUGGUGAGCGCAACAGGAAAUCUGACAGUCUGCUGGACCAGUCCACCUGAUGACUCACCAGAUGGUUAUUACAUCACAUCUCACCCACUCAUUUACCCCACUUCAAGUUCACUGUGGAUAAACCAGUCCACUCCUGGUGCACACUGGGUGAAUGAGUCCGUGUGUGUUGAUUUGGGCACAUUUACUCCGGGUCACACUUAUGAAGUCGGAGUGGUCUCACUGAUGGGGAAGGACAGGAGCAAGACGGCCGGCAUCAUCCACACCACAGAUCCAAUGCCAGUUUCGGUAGCAGUCCCUCUCUCAGUGGGCACAAACUCUGCACAACUGUACAUCCAGCAUCCACAGCUGGGUCUGAUUGAUGGGGUGAAAGUGUGCAUAUGUCCGGGAGUGUGUGACAGUGUGUGUGAGGGAUUGUGUGGGUACACUUGUGAAUGGUACUCCCUCCCUACAGGUGUUCAUGUUAUAACCCUUAGCAACCUCAGUCCAGGAUCAGAGUACCAGCUCAGGGUGUACAGCACCAGUCGAGAGCAGAUGGGACCACCUUACCACACCCGCCCUGUUAGAACAAGUCUGGCUCCUCCUAACAGAGUAAGGGAGGGUGUGGUGACAGAUUCAUCCAUAGAGCUGCUUUGGGAUCCAGCACAAGGGCAGGCUGACAGUUACGAGGUCAUCUGCCUCAAAUGUCACCAUUUACGCAUGGUGCAGAAGGUUUUCAAUCACAGUGCAGAGUUUUCUAGUCUGACUCCAGGCAGACUCUACCACUUUGCAGUGCGAACAGAGAAGGAGUCCUUCACAGACAGUUCCCCUGUCACCAUCAACAUCACUGCAGCUCCCAGCCCAGUGGAGGCGUCUCUUAUCAAUAAAACCACAUCAUCCAUAUGCAUUCGUUGGAGUAUGGUCAGGGGAGUGGUGAGCAGACUCAUCCUGUCCAUCAAAAACAAAACAUCCAAUCAAGAGCUGAUCAUUUCUCAUCAGGAGUGCAGAUCUUACUGCUUUAAAGGCCUCGUUCCUGGAAGCCAAUAUACCAUUGAAGUGAUUAGCACCAGUGGGGAAAGAAGGAGUAAACCUGCUACUAUGAUCCUCCAUACUAUCCCAGAGAUGCCACAGGAAGUAGCUCUUUCAGAACAGGUAGUGACGUCUCUGUUUGUCACCUGGAGACCACCGCCAGGACAGGUGGAGGGCUACAAGCUAGUUUUUGGCCUGCUGUCUGCGGACAGGAAGUCGUGGAUUGAGGUGCUUGUCCAGGGCACACGUUAUGAGAUCAGGAAUUUGAUCCCGGGGUCAGACUACAGUAUCAGCGUUCAGAGUGUGCUCGGCUCAGACACCAGUCAGGCCGUCCACAGCGAGUUCAGCACACGCCCAGCAGGAUUAUGCACCCUUCAUUUAGACAACAUGAACUCUUCUUCUGUCUCUGUGAGCUGGGACAGCGCGUUUGGAGAGUUUGACUUCUACAGAGUCACUGUGGCCAACCAAUCAGUCACAAACACACUCACCAUACCCAAGGAGAAGCAGGUUGCCGUGGUUACAGGGCUGGUGGACGGCUGCAGCUACAACGUGAGCGCCGAGAGAGUGAAAGGAGUGACAGCGGGGAGCGCUGCCUCUCUGACCGUGACCACAGUGCCAGCCCCUGUACGAGGAGUGCGUGUCGUGAAUGUGUCUGAUCGUGCCUUCUCGCUACGUUGGGAGCAGGCAGUUGGGUGUGUGGAUGAUUACCUGGUGAACCUGCUACCAAACCAGGGGAAAGUCACAGUCCACCCUGCACUGGAUGGACACAUUCAGGCUGAUGUGGUGAAUGUAAGUCCGGGGACACAAUAUGCUGUAACAGUCACAGCAGCCUCCUCCUCCAACAUCAGCCCUGGAGUCAGCCGCAUGAUCAAUACUAAUGGGAGUGUUCCUGGUCCACCUUUAAACCUAGAAGGAGAGGCUGUGGGCUCCAAUGGUAUACUGCUCUCCUGGAUCAUGCCACCUGGUGCCAAGAACAUUGACGGAUACGUCAUCAGGUACAAGGAGGUGUGUCCUUACCCCGAUCCCACCUUCACACAGGUGACCAAGUACCUGGACGUACCAGAGACACUGCUCACUGACUUCAUCUCAGGUUCUACAUACCACAUUGAGGUAGCAGCCAUAGGUCCAGCUGGAAUAGGAACCUUCAGCAAAUCUUUAUACAUAAAGACAGCUGAGUCCCCCCCUGGCCUGGUGACCAACUUGACAGCGUUUGCUCAGAACCACACCUUCGUCGUGGUUACCUGGUUCCUGCCGCACCGCAUCAACGGCCUCAUCACAAAGUUUGCUGUCAAGGCUAAACACGCUCGUACUGGGCAGACGGUCCGCACGCUGGAGGUCAACGCAGAGGACAUCAUGACCGGAGCGCUGCCUCACUGCAAUGAUGCAGCCGAUAUCCUGUCCCGUGCCACUCUCAGUCCCUUGGAGAUUACAGCAUCGUCUCCACCCAUCACCCUCUCCGCCGUGCCCCCUGCAGCUGCCUGGAGUGUGCCCAUAUCAGUAGGAGUUGAUCAGUUACGACCUUACACUGCCUAUCUGUUCGAAGUGUCUGCCUUCACCUCUGAUGGAGAGGGGCAGAUAGCCUCCACUAUGGUCCGCAUGCCAGAAUCAGCCCCAGAAGACCCGCCAACUAACUUCUCUAUAACCAAUAUGACGUCUCGGUCAGUCUCCGCAUCCUGGAAAUCUCCCAACAUUAUCACAGGAAAAUUUACCUACAUGGUCUACCUUUAUGGACCUACAGGAUAUUUGUAUGAGAACAGCACAGGAGACAUGCGGUUCACUUUUACUGGUUUGAGCCCCUACACGAGAUACACAUUGGGGGUCCGAGCCAAAGCUGCUGGAGAAGUGGGUCCAUCAGCGCAGGUCAAUGUAAUUACUCCUGCUGAAGCACCCAGUGCUGUGCAGGAUUUGAUGGCAGUAGCUGAGGAUUCAGUUUCAAUCCGUGUGAGUUGGAGAAGCCCUGCCCAGCCAAACGGUCCGAUCACCCAGUACAGACUGCAGGUUCUGGUUGACGACAUUCUGCUGCAGGACAUCACCCUCACUGCAGUAGUGAAUACAACUGGUUUCAAUGAAGAUACGACACUUCCCCCUAAUGUCCUUAACAAGCCAGGGCGGAGUGUAACAGUGAGAGAGGAGGUGAUGGACGUUUUGUCUGAGGAGUUGUCUUACCUUGUCUCAGAACUGAAUCCCUUCACUGACUACACGUUCAGGGUAACUGCCUCCACAACUGUGGGAGAGGGUCCUGCAACACAUAUCACUGAGAAGACCAGGGAGCAGGUCCCUAGCUCAGUGCUUGAAGUAUCCUAUCAAAACAUCAGCUCCACCUCCAUAUUAGUGAGCUGGGUCCCACCACUCAACCCCAAUGGAUGGAUCACACAUUACACUGUCUAUGGCCUCAAACUGCACAAAAACCAGGCCCUGAAGUGGGUUACUAACACUACUAGCAUACUGAUAACAGAUUUGGACAAGCAUACUGGUUAUAAGCUACGCGUAGCUGCAUCUACAGCUGUGGGAGAGAGCUCUCUGUCUGAGGAAGAUGACAUCUUUGUUUUCACCUUAGAGGACGAGCCUGACUCCCCCCCUGUAAAACUCUCUGUCGUUGAGACAAGUCCCUCCACCGUCACAUUGGCCUGGUCUGCACCAGAGAAAGCCAAUGGGGUGAUCCAACGUUAUGAGGUCCUGUAUAAGAACGAGUCCUACUCUGCGUUGAUGAACACAUCCUCUAACAGCGUCACCCUGAUCCACCUGAAGCCAUUCUCCUACUACAACGUGUCUGUGAGGGCGUACACGCGUUACGGCCACGGCAACCAAACGUCAGACACUUUAUACCUGCUAUCUGGCGAGGAUGUCCCAGGUAGUCCUCCAUACGGCGUCACUCAUGAGUCAAUCAGUCCCAGCGAGGUGAACGUGACCUGGCACCCUCCUCUGCUGCCUAACGGGGUCAUUACCCACUACAGCCUUGAGCUUUGGAAUUCCAGUCACUACCUGAACCUCACUUCCCCGACCAACUACAUCCACAUCACACAUCUGCGGAAGUAUGCACACUACCGCGUCAUGGUUCAAGCACACACACGCGUGGGGCCUGGAAACUACAGCAGCGAGCCGCUCAACAUCACCACACUGGAGGAUGUGCCAAGUGACUCGGUCCGAAACCUGACAGCUCAGAUCUUCAGCUCCACAGCCAUCAUCGUCAGCUGGGACCCUCCCCUUGAGCCCAACGGCCGUCCCUACUACCUUCUCACCUUACAGGAAGCCGGCAUCUCCCCAAAUGUAUCCAACCAAGGGACUCUUGCUGUCAACAAGACCAUCAAGCACACCACAACUGACAACGUCUUCUUAUUCACAAGACUCAAGAAAUAUUUCCCAUAUGUGUUGACUGUUACCCCGGCUACUGGUGCUGGCCCUGCCUACAACCAUACCAGCACGAUGUACCUCAGAACGGAUGAUGAUAUUCCUAGUUCUGCUCCAUUACUGGUGUCCACCAGGAAUCUGUCAUCGUCCUCCAUCGUAGUGGUCUGGCAGCGCCCUCUGGAGGCCAACGGGGAGAUAAUCGAGUAUGCCCUCACUCUGUUUGGCCCAGGGGGCCCCAGCCCAACAUCUACCCCCAACACUUCGUUCAUCCUCACCAGCCUACUUCCGUACACAGCUUACAACCUCACUAUUACGGCUGCAACGCGUAAAGGCUCAGGGCCUUAUCUGCUGUUGCAGCUGCACACCGAUGAAGGAGGCCCCAUGUCUCCUCCCCGCAACUUGACUAUAUACAACCACACAGCAGUCUCUGUGUGGCUGAGCUGGGAGCCUCCGCUGGAGCCCAAUGGAGUGGUGAUACAGUACGGCUUCAGGAUCCGAGACCUCAUCACACACACCGUCACACACAGGAAUUCCUCUGGUCCAUCGACGACAGAUUAUCUAUCAGGCUUCAGGCCUCAUAGCUCCUACGAGAUCAGUGUUUACAGUUACACCAGAGUCGGCCAUGGGAAUCAGUUCAGCAUCCCCGUGACCUUCACAACUAACGAGUCAGUGUCUGACACUGUGGGGAACCUAUCCUGCUCAGGAGUGAGCUGGGAUUCAAUUCAGUUGUUUUGGGAACCCCCAGCCCACCCUAAUGGGCAGAUUCUUUUUUAUGAGAUUGCAUUGGAGUUAGACCUGCAGUCCUACACACACCAGGCUCACACACAAGAGUACACAGUGAAUGGGCUGUCACCAGACCAGGAGUACACACUCACUGUGGCUGCAGUCAACUCUGCAGGACCUGGAGACACAGUAAACUGUACUGCUUCCACUCUAUCUGAAUCAGUCCCGGCUGCCCCUCGCUUCCUCACCAUCUCUCAGGUCUCCCCUAACAAUGUGACACUUCAGUGGGCUCCACCGCUCUCCAUUCCAGGCCUGCUGAAAGAGUACCACAUCAUUGCACAGCUGCUUUCAACUGUUUGUGAACCAAACAUACUAACUACUGCACAACCGCCCCCAGAGGAAAAACUGAUCUCCAGUUGUGUGGACUCUAAUGUCACAGUGUCAGUGAAUGCUUCAGAUGGGACUGAAGAGAACCAAAGCCUCACACUCCAGUCCCUGGCUAAAUACAGAUACUACCGCUUCAAAGUGGCUGCUGUGACCAACGCUGGAGUGGGAGAAUAUACAGACUGGAAUUAUGAACGCACCCUGGCAGGAAAACCCGAUUCCCCUCCCCGUAACCUGAAAGUGACCCCUACCUCCAACAGCCUUCGCAUUGCAUGGGAAGCUCCAGCUGUUCUCUCUGGACCGACUUUGUAUCUUGUGCAGGUGGACGGCCCUGAUUUGAACAUCUCAACAGUCCGAGCUCCAGGAGAGUUGAUGACUGUCAUUGUGACUAACUUGACUGCUUUCACUCGUUACUUUGUGACUAUCACUGCCUUCACUGGUCCAUUGGAGCACGCUGCCAGAGAUGGGAAGGCCAUUGGGCCUAUUGGGUUUCAAACGCUGGAGGAGGAACCCAAAGACCCUCCUAAGAACGUGGUUGUAUCACUUGUCCCAGAGGAAGUGAACCGUGUGAAGGUGACAUUUAGCCCUCCAGAGGAGCCCAAUGGAAACAUAACCGCCUACUUUGUGUACAUCUACGAAAAGGGCCAGCUGGUCAAGAACAUUAGCCUUAAUAUCACCAAAAGAGACCAAAACAUGCUGACUGCUGUCAUAGAGGGCCUAAAGGGAGGACACAGCUACAGUAUGCAGAUUUCAGCAAUAAACGCGGCUGGUAGGAGUCCACCCAGCCCACAUGUCCAGAUAACUACACAAAUCAAAGCCCCGGCCAAACCAACCCAGAGACCCCAGGCAGUGCUGGGCCAUGGAGGGGUUGCCAUGGUAACCCACAGGAGUAUCACCAUCCGCAUGCCUGCCUGUUUCUAUAGUGACGACAAUGGACCAAUCACAAAAAUUCAGGUCAUCGUGGCCGAGUCAGGGGUGAAGGACAUCCAGAACCUGAGCAACUGGAAGCAUGCAUUUUUUAAUCGUCCUGCCCCUUACCUGACCGACAAGGGGUUCCCCAACCCAGCGUGUUUGUUGGGGGACAGGUCGUCACACACAAACCUACAUGUCAGAGGUGGUCGCAGUGUGUCUGGAGACAGCCAGACGGCAGAAACAUAUGUGAUCGGACGGGACGAUGGCUGUCUAGAGGAGAACAAUACUGAUAAUUUCUGCAAUGGGCCUCUGAAGCCUAACACAGUCUAUGUGUUUAAGUUCAGAGCCACUAACAUCAAUGGCCAAUACACCGACUCUGAGUACUCAGAUCAUGUCAAAACUGCAGUGGACGGGCUGUUGACCAGAGACGAGCAGAUCAUUCUGGGUGUUCUGCUCUCCUUCUUCUUGGCUGUGUUACUCAUCAUCAUCAUCUGUGGCUCAGUCAAGAUUCAUCAGCGUAAGAAAGAGGGCGGGACUUAUUCACCCAGAGAAGCAGAGAUCAUAGAGACCAAGUGUAAGCUGGAUCAGCUGAUCGCUGUUGCAGAUCUGGAGCUGAAACAAGAAAAACUCAACCGGCUGCUCAGCUACAGGAAAUCACUCAAGCCUGUCAACAAAAAGUCUUUUCUGCAGCACGUAGAGGAUCUGUGUGCCAAUGACAAUGCCAAGUUCCAGGAAGAGUUUGCUGAGCUUCCAAAGCUGCUGCAGGACCUGGCCACCACAGACGCCGAACUGCCCUGGAACAAAUCAAAAAACCGCUUUCCCAACAUCAAACCAUAUAAUAACAACCGAGUGAAGCUGCUGUCAGAACCGGGAACUGCGGGCUCUGACUACAUCAACGGCAGCUUUGUCUCAGGCUACCUUUGUCCCAAUGAGUUCAUAGCCACCCAGGGUCCUCUACCUGGCACAGUGGCUGAUUUCUGGAGGAUGAUCUGGGAAACUGGAACGCACACCAUCGCCAUGCUCACGCAAUGUUACGAGAAAGGCAGAAUUCGGUGUCAUAAGUACUGGCCAGAGGACAAUAAGCCAAUGUCAGUGUUUAGUGACAUUCUCAUCUCCAAAGUGUCAGAGGAAGUCCUUCCUGACUGGACUGUCAGAACUCUAAAAGUAGAAAAGCACGGGCAGUACAUUCUGGUCCGCCACUUCAACUACACGUCAUGGCCUGAGCACGGAGUCCCAGAGUCCUGCAGCACUCUCAUUAAGUUUGUCCGAGCUGUCCGAGCCCACCGGCACGACAACACCACUAUAGUGGUCCACUGCAGUGCUGGUGUGGGCAGAACAGGUGUGUUCAUCGCUCUUGACCACCUCAUUCAGCACGUCAGAGAUCACGACUUUGUGGAUAUUUAUGGUCUGGUUGCUGAACUGCGCAGCGAGAGGAUGUGUAUGGUACAGAAUCUGGCCCAGUACAUCUUCCUGCACCAAAGUACGCUGGAACUUCUAAACAACAAAGGCAACAGCCAAUCCAUCUGGUUUGUCAGCUAUUCUGCUCUGGAAAAGAUGGACUCCUUGGAUGCCAUGGAAGGUGAUGUUGAGCUGGAAUGGGAGGAGACCACUAUGUAAAGACAGAAGGGAGAUUUGUUUUCGAGGGCAUUGGGACGCAACCUGUGCACACACUCAUGGACUGGACUGUUACCACCACACAAGGUUAGAGGAAGGAGGAAGAGGAGGAGGUGAACAGCACAGUCUGAACUGAACUGUCCGUCAGUCGACUAAGACUUUGUUGCUCCACUUCACCCCACUUCUCAGUGCAGUCCUCCCUUUAAUGAACCUCUUGUCCACUUGUUUUUCCAAGAGUGAGAGAAACAACAGACAGUGAUAAAGUGGUAGCACUCUAUAAUCAAGCAUUAGUAAAUACGGAAUUCAUCAUUUAUAAACCAUUGUUCU